CUUCAAGGAGUUUGCUACAAUUAUUCAUCUUCACCAGUACCUUUUCUUUCCUAUAGAAAAUACCGCAGAGCCCUCUACCAUGUCCUCCCUUCCUCCCGUCUAUAUUAUCUCGGCUGCCCGUACUCCGAUGGGUAUGUUUCUAGGCUCUCUCUCGAGCCUGAGCGCCAUCCAGCUCGGUUCUCAUGCUGUCAAAGCCGCCGUUGAGCGUGCCAGUGUCAAGCCCGAAGACGUUGAGGAGCUCUUCUUGGGCAAUGUCCUUUCUGCGAAUCUCGGUCAGAACCCUGCACGUCAGGUUGCCCUCGGCGCCGGCCUCGAGGAGUCCACUGUCGCGACUACCGUGAACAAGGUCUGUGCCUCCUCAAUCAAGGCCAUUAUCCUCGGUGCCCAAACCAUCAUCACUGGCAAUGCCGACAUUGUUGUUGCCAGUGGAUCUGAAAGCAUGUCCACUGCCCCACACUACCUCCCCAACCUCAGGACUGGGGUCAAAUUCGGUGACACCCCCUUGAUUGACGCUGUCUUGGAGGACGGUGUGACAGACGCAUACAAGAAGGAACACAUGGGUAUUCAGGCUGAGUUGUGCGCCAAUGACCAUGGCUUCGACCGUCAGGCCCAGGACGACUACUGUAUCCGUUCAUACAAGAAGGCAAUUGCCGCAACAGAAGGUAGUCUCUUCAGUGCGGAAAUUACUCCCAUCGAGGUGUCGGGCGGCCGUGGCAAACCCGCCAUCAAGGUUGAGAAGGACGACGAGCCUAAGAAUUUCAACGAGUCCAAGAUCCGCACCCUAAAGCCCGUUUUCAUUCCAGGUACUGGGACCGUCACCGCUGCCAAUGCCUGUCCCCUAUCAGACGGUGCUGCCGCCCUUGUCCUUGCGUCUGAAGCUGCAGUGCAGAAGCAUAGCCUCAAGCCCAUCGGAAAGAUUCUUGGCUGGGGAGAUGCCGCACAGACCCCCUCUAAGUUUACCACUGCUCCUGCACUCGCCAUCCCAAAGGCGCUCAAGCACGCCAAGGUUGAUCAGAGCUCUGUUGACGCAUAUGAGAUCAACGAGGCCUUUAGUGUCGUGUCUUUAGCUAACAUGAAGCUGCUUAAUAUUACCGAGGAUAAGGUCAACCUUCACGGUGGUGCUGUCGCUCUUGGUCAUCCAUUGGGCGCAUCAGGCGCAAGAAUAACAACCACGCUUCUCGGUGUAUUAAGGGAACAGAAGGGCAAGAUCGGCGUUGCCGGAAUCUGCAACGGCGGAGGUGGUGCUUCUGCUCUUGUCGUCGAGUCCCUCCAGUAAUUUUGACGACACUUAGGAUGAGAGUGGGAAGGGUACUUAGCGUUACAAGAUGAAUUCAAAUGGUCUCAUAGGCACAGUAUAUAGAUAUUCCUUACAAUGAAGCUUCCC